UAUAAAAGCAUGUGUCGCGACGAAUCCAGCAUCAUUCGCAACUUGGUGUUCACAGACAGACAACAUGAGGAUUUUAGCAGUACUAGCUCUGGUUGGCUUGGCCGUUGCCGGCCCGGUGGAGAAGAGGCUGGGAGUUCCGUUGGAAGCUGAGGAUGGAUGCAACCCAGCUAUUGGAAACGCCACCUACGUUGCUGAUGCUGGCAACUGCCAAGUCUUCUACAUUUGUGAUCACGGAUGGCCGAAGAUUACCUUCUGCCCGGGCAACACCGUGUGGUCGCAGGUGAAUAAGCACGAGGGCCAGUGCGAGGAUGCUGGUGAUGCUAUCAACGACGUGUGUGGACACAUUCGUCCUCCUCCGGAGGUGAUCGACUCUCUCGCCGGCACCUUUGAUCCUGCCUACAGCCGCUGUCAGUUCCAGUGUCUCAACGCGCCCGAGUGCAUUUCCGCGGUGGCCAAGUGCGACGGUGUCACCCAUUGCAGCGACGGCUCAGAUGAGGUUAACUGUGCUGGUCCGUGCAACCCAUCUACCUGCAGACUUCCCAACUGCCGAUGCUCUGGUACCGAUAUCCCCGGCGAUCUGUUGGCCAAUGAAAUCCCACAAAUUGUCACCCUUACGUGGGAGUCAGCCGUCCGUCUGGAGGACUACAACCAUCUCCUGCAGCAGAUCCUGAAGCGUAUCGGACCGAACAGGAGGAGAGAGGCCAGGACAAACCCCAACGGAUGCCCAAUUACAGCCACCUUCUUCAUUGAGCAUCAGUUCACUGAUUAUGCAGCCGUCCAGGAUCUGUACUUCGGCGGAAACGAGAUCGCCGCGCUGUCUAUCAGCAAAUCGCUAACGAGCGAUUAUUGGAAGGAGGCCAGCACGGAACUGUGGGCGCGUGAGAUCGCUGACCAACGCAUUAUCACAAACUUCCUCGGCAAAGUCAGGAACGAGGACUUCGUCGGCAUGCGCGCCCCCUACCUGCAGGGCGGUGGCAACCGCCAGUUCGACAUGUUGCAGAGCAACGGUUUCCUGUACGACAACUCCAUGCCAACACCCCAGAUGGACCCCCCGCUCUGGCCAUACACCCUCGACUACAGGUCGACCCAGGAGUGCGUGAUUCUUCCCUGCCCAACCGCUUCCUACCCAGGCCUGUGGGAGGUCCCCUUGGUCGACUGGCUUGACACCAACGACACGCUGUGCGCCGAGGUCGACAACUGCUUUUUCCCUCUGUCCAAGGCGGAGUCUCUCACUCUGCUCAGAAGCAACUUCGCCAGGCAUUACAACGGUAACCGCGCUCCAUUCCCUCUGCACCUGCGCGCGCGCUGGUUCUACGAGGCUCACUACAACAUUGAGGCCAUGGAGGAGUUCCUUGACGAACUUCUCAGCAUGAACGACGUCUACAUCGUCUCCAUCGACAAGGCCCUGCAGUGGAUCAUGAACCCGACUCGCCUCAACGACAUCACUCGGUCGAACCAGUUCUCGUGCGACAACUCAAACCGCGAGCCCCUGUGCGCGCAGCCGAUCACCUGCUCUUACUACAACAUUACCUACGCACCGAACAGCAUCGAUCACCAGGGUGACCGCUACAUCGAGACGUGCGCCAACACCUGCCCACAGCGCUACCCAUGGGUGGCCAACCCUGAGGGAAGGCUGUAGGCCGCGCUCGCCCGAUAAAACCGACCAGUUAGGUGAACUCGUCCCAGUAGGGGAAUUCUCACCGGACUGUCGAUCUUACCUAUAAGGUGUUUUGUUUCGAUGAUUGUAACGGAAGUAAAGCUACAACAUGAAGAGCUUGUAAAUAGUUUGCAACGCAUGCUGUCAGUCUGAGUCUCCGUGUCCGUUCCUGUCAGUGUCUGUCCUUAAUUUAAAGCUUGAUGCACGGUGACGUCUAUUAUUAUGUUUCCCUUCGUUAAAUUACGAGUUGUAUGACAACUCGUUAAAGUCGUGGUUGUAGAACUGGCGUGGCUAUAUCUAGCUGUACUUGUAGAGUAUCUCAAUUUGGGGGAGUAUUGGGUUUGUCAUGUAAAAUAAUUUGGUCGCAUACUGUUUGUUAAUUUAAAAUAUUAUUUUUCAUAAUAUCGAGUCAACUAGAAUGCCAUGACGAUGUUUGAACUAUAAUAAACUAUCUAUAUAUAUAUAAUAAUAA